UCACUCGAUUGGACUGAGCCAAAUAGUAGUUGGUAUGGCCUAUUCAAAUGGUACUUUCCGUACGGUUUGGGCUUUGGUUGCUCGGUCUUGUCGACCGAUAAGCGACGCUAAUAACAUUUUAUGAUUCAUCGAAGUUUGCCAAUAUUUGUCGUAUAUUUUUCCGGGAAACGUAAUUAGCCAACGCAUAGACAGCAUUAGCUCUACAGCAUAAAAGAAGGAAACAGAACUAGGUAAGAAAAGAGAGAGAGAGAGAAGGACGCCCGCUGGGUAAAACCCUCGUCCUCGAGCAGCUGUUAGGUAAACGGAGUUUCCCCGUAUACAUAUUUCUGCCUUUCUGCUGUUGUUGUUGGGCUGGUCAGGUAGUCGCCCGACAGCAUCGAGGGUUGAAAAAUGGCUGGUGGCCUAAAGUCUGAGGUCUGUGCAUUGUGAGUAUAAACUGCGUCUUGCACUCUCCUCUCACGUCAAUCAUAGUUCAGCCUUUGCCCGCUUAACAUCAGGUUCUUUUAACUCCUCGCAACAAUGUCCAGCGCGAAUACAACAAUGUAUUACUCUGCCGUGGAAGACAUGUUCAAGGAUAUGUUGAUCGAUACUACCGAAACCAAGGAACAAGAAAUGGAUACCGCCGUCAAUGAUAUAACAUGGGUAGACACACCUAAGCGAUCGGUGCGCAUUCGCCGCCUCAAUCUGUUCAAGGAUAAGCCAGAGUUUGUGAUCUGUCGCCGCAUUAUCGCACCAUCGAAGCUAGAUCUAUCGCCCAGAAGUCAGGAGCUGCAAAAGGAUCAGCAGAGCAAGGAACUGCUGCGUCUGCGCCGUGAACGACACGAGGGAGAGCAACGGCCUCCUGUGCGACGUCUCACCAUGCGCCUUUAGGGAUGAUGGAUACUAUGUGAGAGAAUAUGUGAUCGACAACUGCCUUUCGAUUUUCUAGUGGUUCAAAGUGCUUCCGAGAUUUAUGCUUUAGUUUUAAGUAGAUGUAAAAAACAGCGAACGCUGCAAAGUAUGCAAUGGUGAUUUUAUUAGCUAAUAUACAAACCUAUAAAAAUAUA